AUGUCGCAGGACCCCGUCAUCACCUCGAUCUCCGACCUAGCUUCAUCAGAUGCGAAAUGGGUGUCACUCCAAAAGGUUGAGUACAUUGACCAAACGGGCACGGCUCGUUCUUGGGAAAUUGCCGUUCGGAAAACGACAGCGAAGUCCGGCGUUGAUGCUGUAGCCAUCGGUAACGUUCUGCUUCAUCCUUCCAAACCCCCCAGCACUCUUCUGGUCAUCCAAUAUCGACCUCCGAUCGGCAAGUUCACCGUUGAAUGGCCCGCUGGUCUCAUAGACGCCCACGAGUCUGCGGAGGAAGCUGCGGUCAGAGAAAUGAAAGAGGAGACGGGGUAUACCGGCAAAAUUCUCGAUGUCGGGCCCGUAGUGGCAAGUGAUCCCGGGCUUGCAAAUGCUACACUGCAAUUGGUGAUGAUGGAGGUGCAGUUGAGUGAGAAAGAGAGCAUGCCCGAUCAGAAAUUGGACGAAGGAGAACUGAUUGAAAGAGUUGUUGUGCCCUUGAGCGAACUGUACGAACGUUUGAUGCAGUGGAGCAAGGACGAAAAGUUCAUGGUUGCUGGCAAGCUCUUCUUUUUUGCGGCUGGGCUGCAUUUAGCAAAACAAGGGAAGUACUUUUGA